UGUUCCUUUUGCGGACGAGUCAGAAAUGGUGGGAAGGGAAGUUGAGGUAUCUCGAGUUGUAAGCAUGUUAAUUAGCUCAGACUAUAAGAAGAAAUUGCCUGUCAUCUCAAUAGUUGGGAUGGGUGGCCAGGGUAAAACAACCCUUGCACAGCUGGUGCUAAAAAAUGAGAAUGUAACAAAGCAUUUUGAUAAAAAAAUAUGGGUUUGCGUCUCUGAUGAUUUCAAAGUUGAGAGGCUGCUGAAUGAGAUGCUUCAAUCCCUCGGGGAAAAGAAUGUUGAGACGACAAAUAGGGAAGCAUUGGUGACGAGGCUUCAAGAAAAUCUGAAUGGAAAAAGUUACUUGCUUGUGCUCGAUGAUAAUUGGAAUGACAAUCGAGAGAAAUGGGAUGGCAUGAGGAGCUGUUUGCUCGAAAUAGGAGGUGCUCCAGGAAGCAAAAUAUUGGCCACCACACGUAGCGAUGAGGUAGCCUCAUCAAUGCAAACAUCUGGUUUGCAUCAUCUAGACAUCCUCUCAGAUGAUCAUAGCUGGAUGUUGUUUGAAAAACUAGCUUUUGCAGACGGUGGUGCAAGAAAGACUCAAGAUCUGGUGGACAUUGGCAGAAGGAUACUGAAAAGGUGCGGCGGCGUGCCAUUAGCGAUCAAAGUGAUUGGGGGUUUGUUGUAUUCCAAAAAGAAUGCCUCGGAAUGGUUGACGAUCGAGAAGAGUGAAAUAUGGAACGAGUCGACCAAUAUUGCAAAUGGAGUCAUUUCUGUCCUGAAGCUGAGUUACGAGAAUUUACCUUCAUGGUCAGUGAAACAAUGCUUUGCAAGUUGUUCCAUUUUCCCGAAGGAUGCUGAGAUGGAAAAACAAAGCUUGAUACAGAUUUGGAUGGCCCAGGGAUUGAUUAAUGAUGCCAAGGGAGGAGGAGGUCAUUUGCAAAUGGAGGAUAUAGGCAGUGAGUAUUUCAACGUAUUGCUUCGGAGUUCUUUGUUGCAAGCUGGUUAUAAGAAUUUCUUUAAUGAAAUCGUGUUCUGCCGGAUGCACGACCUUGUGCAUGAUCUUUCACUGCAAGUGUCAAAUAAUCGUUUCUUCAAUACAGAGGAUGACAUGGAAGUCAGUUAUCAUGAUGAAGUUAUGCAUUUGACCAUCAUUGGGAGUCAAGGGAAGGUGUUAAAGAAUAUCGAAGGGAUUCCUCCAAAUUUGCAAACGCUUUAUUAUCUUGGGGGUGAUGGUAUUAUGCUCAAAGAUAUCUUGGAAAGGUCUAGAUACCUUUCUGUAUUAAAAGUAGACGGCUGGCAUGUUACUCAUCUCCCGAAUUCAGUGGGUAAUAUGAAACAUUUAAGACAUCUUGAUAUCAGGCGAACUGGGAUCACCGCUCUGCCAGAUUCGAUCACAAAGCUCUACAAUUUGAUGACCUUGAAAGUACUUUACUUGGAAGAGAUACCUAAGAAGUUCGGCAAUUUAAUUAACUUGAGGCAUCUUGAGUUUUUGGAGAUUCAUUUGGACCGAUGUUUAUUCCCGGGAAUUGGGCAGUUGGCUAAUCUUCGGACGUUGCCCCACUUCGUGGUAAGCCAAGACAAGGGAUGUCAACUUGAGGAGUUGGAACACUUGCGCAACCUCGGAGGCGAGUUAGAAAUAUUUGGACUCGAAAAUGUAAGCAGCUUUGAAUCAGCAGCAAAAGCAAAGUUGUCCAAAAAAUCAAGCAUUCAAGGUUUAAGACUUUCAUGGAAUGGCACGAAAGAAGAUUGCGACGACAACAAUAUCAACAGUGUCAUGAAAGGUCUCCAACCUCACCCAGACUUGAAAAGUUUAGCCAUUAAUGGUUUCGAAGGUUCAAGGUAUCCGUCGUGGAUGGUGGCAAAGGAUCACUUGAUGGUACUCCUUCGGAAUCUGGUAGACAUCGAGUUGAGAGGAUUGGGUAAGUGUGAACAAGUACCACCACUAGGGGACUUGCCUUGUCUCGAGUCCUUAGAGAUGGCCUCCUUACACAAUGUGAAGCGCAUUGGAGCUGAAUUCUAUGGUCUCCUUACACAUCUCGAUAUUAAUGCAAGGAGCAGCGCUUCUUGUAGCAGCAGUAGCAGAGAGGCGAAACCAAUCACUCUGUUUCCUAAACUGUCGCGUUUUGUUUUGGAGGACAUGGGAAGUCUAGGGGAGUGGUCAGAUGCAAUGGUUCCCUCGGAUUCUUCUUCAUCAAUUAAGGUAUUCCCUAAUCUCCGGUACUUGAGAAUCUGUAGGGUCCCCAAGUUGGCUGCUUUACCAGAUAUGGAGAACUUGACAUCUCUUGUGCAGUUGAGCAUACAGAGAUGCGGAAGUUUGGCUUGCCUAAGUAAUUUGAAUAGCCUUACAUCUCUCGAAUCCUUAUAUUUAGAUGACUGCCCUGCUCUUGAAUCCUUAUGCUUGAAGAGCUUGACAUCUCUUGCGAAGUUAAAGAUAUGGGGAUGCGGAAGUUUAGCUUGCCUAAGUAAUUUGAAUAGCCUUACAUCUCUCGAAUCCUUAAUCUUAAGUGACUGCCCUGCUUUAUUAGAUGCUUCUCUAGAUAUGAAAAACCCCCAAUCCCUAAGUGAAUUAACCAUCUUAGAAUGUGAUAAGAUGAAUCCUUCAUUGAGUAAUAAUCUUGAGAAGUUCACAUCGCUCGAGGAGUUGAGGAUCCGUUCUCGUGACCCUGGUUGCUGGGCAAAGGGUCUACACCAUCUAGCCAACCUCAGAUCGUUGGUCCUCGGUGGCUUCUCUGAUGACCUUGUUCAUUUCCCGUGGCCAGACUCCAUCAUCAAUGUUGCCAGCGAUGAUGCCAAGGAUUCUACAAUACAGCGUCUUAUCUCUCUGGAGCGUCUUGAAUUGUGUGGAUGGCCAAAAAUCACGUCUCUCCCAGACCAAAUUCAGCAUCUCUCUACCUUGAGGACGUUAGAGAUAUGGAAGUUUGAGGGGUUGGAAGUUCUUCCAGAGUGGAUGGGUAGCCUUCGGAAUCUUGGACAAUUGGGGAUUGUUGAUUGCUCUAACCUCAGACAAUUGCCCUCUGCAGAAGCAAUACGACACCUCACCAAUUUAAAUUAUCUAUGGAUCAACAGCUGUCCUCUUUUAGCAAAGAGAUGCACCAAUGGAAGUGGCGCAGAGUGGCCCAAGAUUGCACAUAUUCCCCGAGUUGAGAUCCAUUGAACAAAUGUUUGCGCCUUUUGGCUGUAACUGUAAGUAGUUAAUAUUUCCAAUGUUCUGUUUUAAUCUACGUAUUCGGUUUGUUUAGAAUUUUAUUAGUACUUUUUUUUUCUUAUAUAUAAUCCCCGGAAGGAAA